AUUUCCAUGCACGAGAACCAACAAAGAUGAGCGAAGAAAGAAGUCAUAGUGGAUCAAGGAGCGAAGAGAAAAGCGGAUCAAAAUCGAAGUCAGAGUCGCCACCUUCAAAAGAGAUGCGGAAAGGCCAUCGUACAAGAUCAGAUGAGCUGUCCGGUGAUUCUGAUGACGAUAAUGGAAGAAGGGGUUUCGUGAGGAUGGCAAAGCAUCUGAAAAGUCCAUCGCUGUACAAGAAAGGAGCGCUGGCUUUAGCAGAAAAAGUCAAGGGACGAAGACCCUUAAAUGCAAAAAGCAAGGAGAGCUUGACCGCUGACGAAAUCAUCUUCCCACUUGCCUACGCGUCAGAUGAAGAGAGAGCCGAGAAGAAGAAGAAGAUGUCAUUUGAAGAUCACUUUGCUCCCGAGUCAGGUGAAGUAGCCCACGACACAUACGCUAGAGCAGCAGAGAAGAUGAGAGAGGGGGUUGUGCCAAGACUAUCUUAUAGCAGAAUGCCCCUGAUCAAAACCAAUAAGACAAACAACAACAAUUUGUUUGUAAAUAAUAUGCCAUUUUGGUGGAAUCCGGAACCAAAUGAUAUCACCGAUGAUGAAUUAGUUAUGAAUGCUGGUGUUAUUAUAGAAGUACUCGAGCAUAGACUCAAACUUGUGCCCAUGCCCGAUAUCGAGAUCAUUUUGGAUCCGGUGGAACAUCUCAAAGUGUUGAAAAGGAGGGAUGCUUUGUGUUUUACAAAAGAGAUUAUUUUCGGAAACACAGUGCGCAGCAUGGUCAAUUUGAACGAAUUAUCCUUACGCGAACUCCACGAGAGAAGUUUGAGACAAUUUCGCAAGAAAAACUUCCCAGAUCAUCCGAGUAAGGAGGAACCGGAAGUGUUGAAUAUAGUAGAGCCAAAGCAUCGCGUAGUCUACCAU